UUUUUCUCUUAACUUGAAAAUUUGUAUAAUCUGAUUGGUUUAGUUGAGAAUUUUCUUCGUAUCAUAGAUAGCGCUGAUUUAAAUUUCUUUAAUUUUCCUUUUUCAAGAUAACGAUGAUGGCGUCCAGUUUUCGAUGGUGCUUAGUUGACCUGUUGAUAGUCAGAUUGAAAUAAAAGCUUAAAUAAAAAGAAUAAUAAGAUUAUUGCGAAUGCAGAUAAAUUAAACAAAUGAUACGUUAAAGUUGAAAAGUGAAUUAUUAUGAUCGUCUUAUGUGACGAUCAAUAUUUUAUCAGAGAUAAUUAUUUUUAACCGCACAAUGCUUCAACAUUUAGUGCUUAUGAAAAUUAUCAAAGAAGUAUUGUUAUUACGUAUGCGUUUGAUAUAAAUUAACGCGCAAUGAUUCCUAUCAUUACACACGUUCAUUGAAUAAUAUAUAAUAUUCAAUAACGAAUAUUCUUCAAGCAGUUUCAGUCACGUUAUUGAUGAUAUAUAAAAAUGUAAUGAGAUUUUGUGAUUAGAGAAUGGCAAUUCGACUUACACUGGAAUGUGGACAUGUAUCAAUAUUACGUGAGCGUAUCUCGCCAGAAGGUUUUACACAUGACUGGGAAGUUUUUGUACGAGGAGUUGACAACACAGAAAUACAUCACUAUAUUGAGAAAGUUGUGUUUCAACUACAUGAAACAUUUCCAAAACCUAAAAGAGUAGUAAAGGAACCACCUUAUGUGGUCAAAGAAUCAGGGUAUGCAGGAUUUAUGAUCCCAAUUCAUGUUUAUUUAAAAAAUAAGGAUGAACCAAAAAGAUUUCAAAUUCUUUACAAACUUAAUUUACAACCUAGAGGAAGGAUUAUUAAUAAAGUUAUACGUCAUAUUGAAAUAAUAAAUAAUCCAUCGGAAGAAUUUAAAAGAAAACUUUUAAAAGGAGGCGGUUGUACAAUAUCCAAUACUGAGAGUACAUCAGACAGAGGUGAGAUAAAAACUCCCGUUAUGGUUGGUAAACCAAAGUUAUCUAUUGGUGAGCAAAAGAAGCAUCGCCCAAUAGAAUCCAAGACGUCUAACUCGUUCGCUGAAUUAUUUGGACCUCCUAUAAAGACGGCGAAAAUAUCUCCUGAAAAUAAAAAGGUAAUCCAAUCUGAUAAAAGUAAUACUGUCAAACCUGUAAGUGUAUCUGAAAAGGCUGAUAAAGUAGAUAAAGUAACUAAAAGUAAAGACAGUCCUCAUAAGGAUACGAAGAAAGAUAAAACAGAAGAAAAGAAGGAUAAAAAGGUUAAGGAUCCUUCAAAGGAAAAAAGUAGAAGUAAGGAAAAAUUAAAAAGACCAUCUAGUCCUGGAAGCAAAGGUUAUUCGAGUCCAACGAAUAAACGAUUUUCUCCUUCUUUGGUAAAAAGGCCUCGUAGUUCUUCACCUUCUGUUAAAAGGUCAUCACCACCGAAGUCUAAAGAGAAAGAUUUAAAAAAGUCUGUUCAAGAAAAAGAAAGAGAGAAGGAUAAAGAGAAAGAGAAAGAGAAAGAGAAAGAAAAAGAAAAAGAGAAAGAGAAAGAAAAGGAGAAAGAAAAAGAGAGAGAUAAGGAUAAAGAUAAAGAUAAGGACAAGGACAAGGAUAAGGAUAAGGCUAAAGAUAAUUCUAAAAGUUCCUUGGAUAUAAACAAGACUGAUAAAAAGAAGGAAAAGAAGAAAUAUAAGGACGACAAUUAUAAAGAGAAAAAAGAAAAAUACAAGGAAGGUGAACGUUCUAGUGUUAAGGAAGCACAGAAGAUAAAUGAUAAGAAAUUAGAAAAGUCUGAUAAAGAGAAAGAAAAAUCUCAGGAUUAUAAGUCAAUAAAGGAUGGUAGAAAAUCUCCCAAACCCGUUAAAGAAGGCGAUAAAAUUAAAGACGAUAAAUUACCAAAAGUCGACAAAUUGGAAAAAAGUGAAAAGUCGGAGAAGGUUAAGGAAAAUAAAAGUGAUAAAGAUAGGACGAAGCAUAAGCACAAGAAGAAAGAUAAAAAAGAAAAGAGAGAUAGCAGUCGAGAAAGAGAGAAAAAGGAAAAACGAGAUAAAUCCAAAUCAUCUGCAGAAAAGCAAAAUAAUGUGCCAGCGUCGUCUAAUCCUCUUUCCAUGCUUUUUGCAUAUAUGCCGGAAAGAGAUAGUAGCGAUUCAGCACCGUCCGUAGAUGAAGAAUCCUUCGCUGAAAGUAAAACCAUAAAUUUGAAUGCAAGAAAGGAAUUUGAGGAUACAGCUCCCUCGACUGUUUCAACGGAUCAAGGAACAACAAGACCACCUUCGCCGCCACCUGUAAAUGAAGUAAAGAAAGAUAAAAGUGAUCGUAAUAAAAGGGAUAGACCCAAAAGUAGUAGAGGAGAGGAAAGGGAAAGUAAAAAGAGGAAACGAAGAAGUGAGAGUAAAGGUGAUGACGAUCAUAAUUCUAAAAGGGAAAAGGACAGGAGUCAUUCGACUUCACCAUUGCUGGAAUUGGUAUCCUCUAGUCAGUCACCAGUCGUGGUGGAUGGCGAUUCUAUUCGAGAUAUUGUAAAAGAAAAGAAUGAACGUAACAUGGUUGAGCAAAUGAAUAAAAAAGAAGGAGAAACUGAUGGGGAACAAGUGGCACCAGAUUCUACCAAUUGUACUUUGGUAGAAUCCGACUCUGGUGAAGCUCCCGUAUUUUCCGAAGAUUAUGUGUCGCAGUUGAAGGAUCUGCAACACAAGAUAAUGACGAUACAAGAUAAUGAUGAAUUGCAAAGAGUUGUUCGUGUUAUUGAAGAGACAGGUCAAUACGAAAUUACUAAGAAGACAUUUGAUUUUGAUUUGUGUGCUCUCGAUCGCAGAACAGUACACCGUCUUCAAAAGUUUUUUUCUGCUUCAUGACUAUCUGUAAUAUAAAACAUGACACUUGUUAUUGUUGUUUUUUUUUUUCU